UUUAAGAGGUUGUGCGAAUUCUAAAAGGGAAGCGCCGUAGGUCGCCGAUCACCUGACUGCGGCAGUGUCUUCGCGUCUUGUGACCGCUACCUUCCAGUCUCCGUUCGAUACUUACGAUGGCUAGUCAAAGCCAAGGCGUCCAGCAAUUGUUGGCUGCAGAAAAGCGGGCGUCUGAGAAAGUCGCCGAUGCCAGAAAACGCAAGGCCAAACGUCUGAAGCAGGCAAAAGAUGAAGCUCAGCUUGAGAUCGACAGAUUCAAGGCCGAUAAAGAACGUCAGUUCAAGGAGUACGAAGCCAAACACAUGGGGUCCAAGGAAGACAUAGCGUCCAAGAUUGAUGCCGAGACGAAGCAGAAGAUGAAUGACAUGAACCAGCUGGUGGCUCAGCACAAGAAGGCGGUCAUUGAGCAGCUCCUGACGUUGGUCUACGCCAUCGACCCUCAAGUGCACCGCAACUACCGCCCUUAGAUGUUCCAGUCUUCCGAGUGUUGCUCCCGGCCAGCACAGUCGAGUAUUGAUUGUUGCCGAAACUCCAAAUAAAGGUCUUUUGUCAUUUUA